AUGCUGGUCCCCUCAUUUUCUCUAGAUCUCCAGAAACCUGAUAAUCCAAUCAGGAACCUUUUCCCUCCAUCCACCCCCGCAGAAUUCAUUUCGUUUCGUCACUGUGUUUUCUGGAGAAAUUCAGAAGACGUGGAACGUCUUCUGAAGACUACAAACUACACUUCGGGACCCGGAAAUAUGAGAUUGUAUCGAGCACUCGUUUGCUUAUUCUACUUUUUGGCACAAGCGCUACCCAGUCUUCAGAAUCGAAUAUACGAAAAAGUGUACGUAUCAUCAAAACCAGCGGGACCCACCGAGCGAUACGAUCGAUUCAUUCGAAAUGGUCUAUUUGAUUUUCGUCCAGUGAUAAGGCAUCCUUAUGAAUAUCGGUUACAGUAA